AUGCCCUGGAGAUCCAAUGCAAAGGUCAAGCGAGACGCGGACUCCAAGCAGCCUGCCGGUGUGAAGGUUGAUGGUAAGAAAUCCGGGGAAAGCUCUGGAGCGGCUGGCAAGGGGGAGACGUGGUCCUCCGUCGAACACAGCGGAAGCGUGUUGAGCUGGCUUGAGCAGAAGGUCAAGAAGUCCAAGGCGCAGCCCUCGCGUGGUGCGGUGGAGUACCUAUCCAAGGCCAUGGAGAAGAAAAAAGUCACCGACCUCAUCAAAGUGGAGAAGCCGGCUGCGACGAGCAAACCGGCGGAGGAGCCCGGGAAAAUCCCGAAGCCCCGUUCGAAGCGGGCCGACCCCGCCGAUUCGGACGUCGCGGUUCCCACGAAAAGUGCGGUACAGAAGCUAGCGGAUAUGUUCCCGGAGGUCAACAAAUCCGCCCCGCACGCCGGCGCGGGGAAGCCUUCGAUGGAGCGGGGCGCGGCCGAGGCCCCUGGCGAGGAGGGGAAGGAAAAGUCCUCCUUGCAGCACCCCCAGCGGGGCGUGCGCGGCCGACGGCGGCGGGAUGACCCCCACAGACGCCUGCAGCAGCGCCUCGCGAAGGAGCAGGAGGCGGCGCAGCGGGCGCACGAGGAGGCGAUGGCGAACGAUCCGGAGUACAAAAAGUGUUUUCUGAGCUUCCAGGAGGUGCAACAGGCGAUGCUCCGCACGCAGCAAAAGUUUUUCGGCGAGUACGGCAAGCAGGAGAACAUCACGAUCAGCGAUGUGGUGGUGGAGCGGCUGGAUAUGCCGGUGAUCCUCGACCUGAUUGAGCAGCACCACGUCGUCUUCAUCUGCACGGAUACGGGGAGUGGGAAGAGCACCGGGAUCCCCAAGGCCCUCCUCGAGCUCUCCCCGCACACGCGGGUGGUGAGCACGCAGCCGCGGCGAACCGCGACGAUCGCGAUCGCGAACCGCGUCGCGAGCCUCCGCCGGGAGAACGUCGGGGAGGACGUUGGCUACUGGAUUCGCGGCGAGAAGCGCGGGGAUGAGCAGACGCGGCUGUGGUAUAUGACGAGCUACACCCUCCUGCUGCGGCUGCUGGAGAGCCCGGCGGAGGUGCCGUUCACGCACAUCGUCCUCGACGAGUUCCACGAGCGCCAGCCCGACCUCGAGGUGACCGUCGCGCUGCUCCGCCUGAUGCUGGCGGAGGGGCUCGCGAGCUUCAAGCUCAUCCUGAUGAGCGCGACGCUGAACACGGAGUCAUGGGAGGAGUACUUCACCGGGCUGAAGGUCGCGACGUACAAACAAAGCGAGCCGGAGCACCCCAUCCACGACUACUUCCUCGAGGACUGCUGCGCGCUGCUCGGGGUCGACCACGCGGCGCCGCCCCGGCUGCUCCGCACGGAGGCCGUCGACCGCGGCCUCGUCGAGAAGCACCUCUGCCUGCUGCAGAACCUCAUCGUCUUUUUGAACAACGCGUCGAACCCGACGCACUCGAUCCUGGCGUUCCUGCCUGGGCGAGCGCAGGUGGAGAUGGUGCAGUCGUGGCUGGAGGCGAACCUCCCGCAGCGGGUGGACGUCGUCCCGUGGCAUAGCGCGAUCGAGCUCAGCCAGAUCGAGGCCGCGAUGAAGCGGCGGGUGUCGAACCGCCAGAAGAUCUACCUCGCGACGGACAUCGCGGAGGUCUCGAUCACGCUGCCGGACGUCGUCUUCGUGAUCGACCUCGCCUUGGUGAAGCGGCCGAAGAUCAACGUUGGGGUGCCCGCGUCGAUCCUCUACCCCCCCCUCGUCAUGCAGUGGAUUUCGAAGGUGAGCAUCACGCAGCGGCGGGGGCGGGUGGGGCGGGUGCAGCAGGGCUUCUACUUCUGCUUCUUCCCCUCCUCGCAGGUGGUGGAUCUGCCCGAUCACGCGCAGCCGCCGAUCGAGAACUCCCGCAUCGACGACCUCUCCUUGCACUGCAUGCAGGUGGUGGCGAACCCCGUCGCGAUCUUCAGCCUCUGCCACGGCCAGCCCCACCUGGAGACGAUCGCGUCGUCGAUGAACGUCCUGACGGAGCUGGGCUGCAUCCUCGACGUGGAGGACCCCCUCGCGGCGGGGGAGCGGAUCCCCCGGCUCUCCGACCACUCCGCGCGCUGGAGCGAGCGCAUCGUCGCGAGCGCGAAGCAGGGGGUGACGGCGGAGAUCACCGAGUACACCUGCACCUUCCUCGGGCGGAUGCUGCAGCUGAUGCCGGUCUCCCCGCCGGCGGGGAUGCUCGUCUUCUUCGGCUUCCUGACGGGGCUGGAGUCGCUGAUGAUCCUCGCCGCGGCGGUGGUGAGCAGCCUCUCGCCCUUCACCGUCGGCGGCGGGCCGCAUCGGCGGGGGGGGAAGGGCCCGUUUAAGCUCGCCCGCGCGAUGGAGGAGACGGAGAACGUGAUGCGGGGCAUGUCCUGCGAGCAGCGCAGCGACAUCGUCGCGGUGAUGAAGGCCACCCUCCUCUUCCGGCUCGAGAUGGAGCGCCACGUGAGCAACCCCCAGGCGGUGCACCAGUGGUGCCUGCAAAAACACCUCAGCUUCGAGAAGCUCCAGGCGAUCGUGGACCUGGAGAGCCACAUCAAGUUCGAGCUCGCCGACUUCAUGCCGUUUCGCGAUAUCCACGAGGCAGGCGGGCUGCUCGAGCAGCUCGACAAGCUCGCCCCGAUGGUCGUCGUCAUGACCAGCGUCGCCUUCGUCGCCCAGGCCCUUGAGGUGCGGAGCGAGGGGAACACCUACACCAACUCGCAGGAAAUGGCGCUCGGGCUCUUCAGCGACCUCUCCGCGAUGCCCGACAUCCACUCCCCGAGCUGCCUGCGGUGGAGGGAGGAGGAUAUCAUCAUCCCGAUCCAACUCAACCUCUUCUACGACAAGCUCCUCGCGAGCUUCUCGACGGCGAUCUCAUCGCCGAAGCAGUUCUGGAUGUCGCUCCUCCUCUUCUCCACCCGGCUGCACUACGCGACCUUCAGCGACCACGACGGCGCCUUCCACGUCUUCAAGGUGAUCUACUGCGGGCGGGAGCGCUUCGUGGAGGUGGAUGGGGUGGCCGGCUAUGUCGUGGUCGAGUUCCGCCGCAAGCUAUGCAAUAUCUUUCAGCUUCUCCGCUUGACGUGGGAGAAUAAGGAGAUGUUUGACGAUGGGCUUGAGCAGCUGCUCGCCGAGCAUGGCCUGAAGCCGCUUCCGGAGACGCAGCGUGAGAUCAUCACGGCGCUGGUUUCAAUUUUUAAAAAUCUCGACAACAUCACCGCGGAGGAGGUCGAGCACGACGGGGAUGACCUCGAUAUUGUGUCAUUUUUGUCGUUUAGUUCAUCGAAGGUCGCGGCAUGA